UUUAUUAUUUUUGACUGAGGACAGCCAGCGCUACUAGUGGACACUUGACAUCAUAUAAAUUCAAUGUUUUGUUAUUAUCUAUAUGUUUUAGCCUCAAAAUCUUGCAGACGUAAAAAAAUUAAAAUUAUCCGCUGUAACAUCAAUAAGAACAUUUAAAUUGUGAAAACAAUAUUAUUUGGCUGAAUUUUGGUUAAUAUGGUUACUUUAUAAGAAUAUUGAUGUCAAAGUUCAACAUCAAAAUGAGUUGUAUCUGAGUAUUUUAGCAAAAAUAACAAUAUAAAAAUAUAAAAAAUGGCAAGUCUAAAUAGUGUUAUGAAGGCCAUAGAAAGCCUUAAUUCACACCAGGAUGAUGAACAUGCUGAUCUGCGAUUGAGAAAGGAAGAAAAGAUGAAUUAUUGUUCAACUAUAGCUAAUGGAAUUAGUUGUGCAUCCGUCAGAAGUGCUCGUAAUUUUUCACAAAUUCUUAGCAUGUCAGUAAGAACUUUAUUAGAUGUUUGUGCUGAUAUGAAUGCAGAUGUUAGAUCAGUCGCUGAUGAAUGUCUCAACAAAAUAAUAAGAUCAAUAUCGGAUGGGAAUAUUUUAAAAAUUCAGUUUGAAUUUUACAAUGAAAUCCACAAAAACGGUAAUUGUCAUUCUUUACGUGCAGCUUUACAUCAUUUUGGACAUUUAAGUCAUACAAUAAGACCUGCUAAAGGCAAACCAUAUAUUUCAAACCUAAUUCCAUGUAUUGUAAAUAUUUCUCAAAGAACUGAAGAGUCAUUAAUAGAAACGUUAUCUCAAUCCUUGCCAUCAAUAUUCAAAAGUUUAGGAAUAUUUAUGUCAGAUAGAGAUGUAAAGACUUUACUAAAAGCUUUUUAUCCAAAUUUAUCUUCAUCACAAGCAUUUUUUCGACGAUGUGCAGCUAAUAUGAUUUUAACAACAUGUAUUUAUUGUCACAAACCUAAAAUAUCUUUAUUUUAUGUUAUACGUUAUCUUAUAGAUUCAAUGAUAACUAUAUCAAAUGUUGGAGAAAGUUCUCAUCUUGUGGUAGGGUCUUUAGGUUGUCUUCGAAUAAUGUUACCCUACAUUGAUAAUUUAUAUAAUGAAAAUUCAGAUUUUAAUCAUGAUGAAUGUGAUAGUCUUCUACAAAUAUAUAAAUUAUGUUUACGGUUUAUACAGUGGCAUUCAGAUCACAAUGUUGUUAAUGCUGGCUUAGAAACUUUAGUUCAACUUUUACGCACCAGCAAUCAAGAAUUAAUUACUAUACUUACAUCUAGUAAUGGGAUUAGCGUAAAUGAUAGUAAAAUUGUAUCUGUCGACGAAAAUAUCACUUUACCUUCAAAUGACGGUAAAUUUAAUAGAGUUGAUGAAGAAAUUAGUGUAAAAUGUAUCAAGAAUGUAGAAGAUAUUAAUAUAUUAGAAUCUAAUGAAUCAAAUUUUAUGAAUGUCGUUGAUGACACAAAAAAAAGUUUGAGUAUAGGAUCUAUUGAUGAUUCGGAUGUGCCUUUAAAAUAUUGUUGUCGUUAUUUGUCAUCAACCUUUUUACUGACAGGAACACCAGGUCAAUUGGUUCCUGAUGAACUGUUUCGAGUUAGUGUUAAAUCACUUGCUUUGACAAGUAUUGGUGCUAUCGUUGGACUUUAUCCAAAUAUAUUUUUGAUGACACUUGAAAAAAAACUAGAUGUAAACAAAAAAGAUGACCAAAUGAUUUCCGAUGUUUUGUUGUAUGCCGAACAUUGUGAUCCACAAUUGCGAGGGAAUGUUCCUAUGAUAAUUGGAUAUUUUUUAAAUACCAUUUACAUCAAGUAUCAAGUUUCAUAUAAUGAGUUUAAAGCUGAAUUUUCACAAAGGCGUGAAUGUAAAUUUCAUCAGUUGGAAUAUUUAAUUAAAAUUUUCGCAAAGGCUUUAGAUGAUGAAUCUGCAAUAACAUGUCGUCAAUCACUUGUUGCUCUCAACAUUUGUUUAUCAUCUCUUCUUGAGUCUGAAGAUAGCAUUCAAGGAAUUACAUUAAUUUGGCGGCUUUUACCCUUGGCAGAUAAUUUAUAUUUUCUUGUGAAAAUGAAAUUAGUACAAGUGCUGAGUGAACUUCCCUAUAUUUCAAUCAACUAUCUUACUAAAAAUUCAAAAUUCCAAGAAGAAGUUUUAAAUACAUUUAUAAAAUUGUUGAGUGAUCCGGAUCCUCGAGUUCGGCAAGAAACAAGUGGUGCUAUUGUAAAAUUUGUUGAAGUGGCAUGUUAUGAAAAUCAAUUUGAUGAUGAAGUAAUUCAUAAAGCUUCAUGCUUCACUGAGCAUCAGUAUUUGAAUCGUCUAAUUUCAAUCAAUCAAAAAGGAAUUCCGGCAUACAAUGCCGAGUAUAAUUUUUUUGUUAAUGGAUUAGUAGAACCUUAUUAUUCUUUUUACGUGGAUAAAUGUUGGAGCCCUUAUCAUCAAAAAAAAGUAGAAAAUGCUCUGUCCAUUGUGAUUAGUUUAUUGAUUGAACAAUUACCUGCUCAUUCGUCAAAACAUUUAUCGUAUGGCUGUUUUCAGACAUUGUGUAAGUUGAGCCAAGUAUAUUCUACAACUUUAUUUUCAGGUGCAUGGGACUGCAAAUUACCUAAAAGCUUAAGUAUAAAAAACAAUCCGAUAUUAUAUUCAAGUAAUCGAAACAUUAAUAAUGAUACUAAUAUGGAUAUGUUAUUACUAAAUGAUCCUCUAUCGCCAAUCAGCGUUAAACUUUUAAGUCUUGUUCUUUCAUUGAUUACUUCAGAUCCAGUGAGUUUAGAUUUAGCGACUCACAAAAAUUUAAUCACUUUAGCAGGUAAUUUGCUUUCUGGAAUAUCAUUAAAACAUAUAAAAACUAUCAACAUUAGUGAAAAAAAAGAAUCGUUAGAUAACACGUCAAAACUGUGGAAUUUAUUUGAUAAUAUGGAAAUCAAUAAUUAUUUUGAACUUUUAUUUAAACAUAUAAUGAGGCUUAUAAAAAUUUACGUUCAUGUUAUUGAAGAUAUUCAAAUCCCAUCUUCCCAUGGUAAAUCAAAUUUUGUUUCAUUUCCAAAUAUACAAUCAAUAUCACCUAGAAAAAAAUUAGGAACUCAAGCAGAUCAUAAGCCUAAAGAACGGGGUGAAAAGGGUCUUACGAAUUCUUCCAAACUAGGAAAAGAAUCUGAAAAUUCUUUUUAUGACAUUCCGCAUUACGUCAAGUUAUAUGAGAUUUUACAAGCUGCACAUUUAAAUUAUAAUUCGACUAUUGACACUGAUGCAAGCCAAAUGUAUUUAGGUCUACUGAAUGCAUCGCUAGAAGUAUUAUCUCAAAUAUUAGAAAUAGCAAGUACCUAUGAAACUCGAAAAGUUACCGAAGAAAUACUUCGUUGUCUUGAAAGUACGCUUUCUCUUUCAGUUACAAUGACAAUUCAAUGUGUACGACAGUUGCUUAAAAGUUUAUUUGGAAUGAAUUUAAGUGUAAGAUGGAGUGAAUUUGACGAUAUUAAAAGCGUAGAUAAAGCUACUAAAAGUAAUUCGGAAGAUGUCAGAAGAGGAUUGCAUGAACGCUGUGUUCAAAAGCCGUUAAAAUACAUGACGGAUUUUAUAAAGUCAAUGGGAAAUAAUUGCAAUUAUAAUGAAUAUGAUAUAGAAAAAACAACAAGCUCCAAAUUAACUCAACAAAAGGAUCAAAGUCAUAAAUUAGCCAUGUUAUUUAAAUCAUUUACUCAAUCCAACAAUCAAAAAGCAUUUUUUGCAACUUUUAUUCGCAUCUUUGAACCGAUGGUAAUCAAAUCUCUAAAUUUAUACACAACUACUAACUCAGUAUCGUGUCAAUGUCAAGUUUUAAGUUUGUUAAGUCAAUUAGUUCAAUUUCAUGUUAAUUAUUGUCUUUUAGAUACUGACAAGACUUUCAUUAAUUUUGUGUUGAGCCAAUUUAGUUUUAUUGAGGAAUCAAAACUUAUGCAAGUUGAUCGUUUAUUGCCGAAAAUUUUUACUUUUUUCGUUCAUCUUUCCUAUGAAAAAUUCCAUACAAAGAUGGUUAUUGAAAUUCGAGAAGUAAUAAAAUUAUGUGAUGGAUUAUUAGCUAGUGGUCAGCCUCCUGUAAGUCAUUGCAUUCCUGCAAUCAUUCCAAUUGUUGAAGAUAUUUUUUUAAGACGUUCUAAGUUUUCGACAAACACAACAGAUAAUACUGAAUUAGACACAACACGAGAAUAUUUGAUGUCAAUGAUGCUAAGACUAGUAGAAUAUGAUCAAAUACUGUUACUUUUAGCUCAAUGUCUUCAAAAAUGUCGACAUGAUGAAAAUGGUGAAGAAAAAUGGAAAAAAUGGUCAAGAAUGAUCAUAGAUGCGGUUCUACCAGCUUUAUCAUCUGGGCUUAUAAAAGUCGAAUGUGAAAGUGUAAUGAUUGCUCUUAUCAAAUUAUUUUCUGUGAUUUCUCCAGUUGUUUUACGACCUGUAGAUUCUCUUUUGAAGAUAUUUUUUAUGGAUCCGCCAGAAGAGGGAGAUUCUUUAAUUAAAUUUGAACGAUGGUUAGGAAGAGUUAACAUCAUUUUUUUGACUCUUAUAUCGUAUAAUAAAGAAGAAAAUAUUCUUACAAGAUUAUCCGAGUUUACAGUAUGCAUGAAAGAUUUUAUUGAUAAUAUAAAUCUUUUUGAUUUUCCUUCUAUUUAUACUGAUCUCGUUGAUUCAUUUAAUGCAAUUAAUAUCAAAUCUAAUUCGCCAUCUCCAGAAGAAAUAUUCACCUUAUUUAUUUUCAAAGUUAUAUUAAUUUCUGCUGCUAAAAUUUAUCUGAUUAUAAAUUCAGUGGAGUAUUAUCAUAAAUUAAUGAAAUCGCCGCAAGAUAGUUGUUUUUUUCAUGAGCUUGUUUUCUUUCUCCAAUUAUGUAUUUAUCUAUUUGAAUCUGGAAAUUAUAGCAAAAUUACAAAUACGGCAAUGGAUAUGGUUAAAAUUAAAAAUAUUCAUCCGGUGAAACAAUUGAAUCAAUUUAUGUUUGAUAUUUCAACAAAACACAAUCCUUUUGUCGCGAUACAGUGGAUUCACAUGAUGGCCAUUUUAAAAUAUAAUGAACUAAGUUUUUGGUCUAAGUUUUUAGAAAAUAAACUUUCCAAAGAAGAUGACUUAGAUGAUGGUAUUUCAAGAUCAAAUAAUGGAAAGAUUGUAAAAAUUAAUUCAAAAUUAUUACGUCAAUGCACAACCAUAUUAUUCUGUAAUUAUAUUUGUGAUAAUAUGAACGAUACCGAAUUAUUGCAGUGGUUAGUAUCGAAUCAUACUGAAGACAUUAUACAUCUUGAAAAUGAGUCACCGACAAUAAAUUUUGUAACAAGUGAAAUACAGAAAAAUGAAAAAAUUAGUAAAAUAUUUAUACAAGAAAUUGCUAUAAAGCGAUUUGAUUAUUCUCAACCAUUGCUAAUAAAAAAAUUGUUACAAUUACUAGAUUGCACACAUGAAAGUCAAAGCGGAGCAGUAAUUUUAACUCUGAUAUCCAACUUUAUUUUUUCUUCUCGUAUAAUUAUUGUGAAAAUGGCUACUAAAAUAUUAUGUAAGAAAAUUAAUAUCCUUUUAGAUUUCAACUCUGAUCAAGUUUUUGAACAAUUAUCACGAGAAAAUUUAUCUAAUUUAAUUAAAAUUUUCAACACUGCAAAAUUGACUCGAAAGUAUUCAACACUAGUUGAUCAUAUUAAUAAGCUAGUUAUCAAGUUUUACCAUAUUCCUCCAAUAAACGAGGAUCUCCAUCAAAAUUUUGACUUACAAACUUUGAAGAAUAUUCAAUUAGAUGAGCAAUGGUUCACUUCACAAGUGAGAUUUAAAUGUAACCAAGCUAGCCAGCCAGUAGAAUUUACUGAAUGUGCUGAACUAUUAAGCAGUCUUAACCGCGAAUGUUGCGAUAAAAUUAUAAUGUCACAAGAAUUUAAUUUAAAAAUUUUAAAAGAAUGUAUAAAACUUGGAGUACAAAUAACUUUAAAAAAUUACAUAAAUAGGAUUGUUUUUCCGAAGAGUAAUAAUAAUUUUUCCGAGCCAAGGAAUGAGGACCAAUCAUACUCUAAAUGUUUAUCACCACUUUAUCUAUCUGCAAAGCAAUGUUUAUCUAGUCAUAUGCAGUGUAUAAAUAAAUUAAUAGAAAAUAAUUCAAAUGUACAGGGUAGUGUUACAGAUGAUCGAGAAGUACAAUAUGCAAUAAGAUUUAAAGUUUUAAUAGAAGAUCAAGCUUAUCGUGAAAAGUUAUUUAUAAUUAUUCCUGCUGUGACAAUAAUUAUGAAAUCUAUUCGACAACUUAACGAUCAAGAUAUUUUGUGUACUGAUUUAAAGUUUAAUGAAGAGCUUGCUAAAUUUUCUACACUGUGUUUAGAAGUCAUGUACUGGAUGAUUCAUAUCAAUAAUAAUUCUGUUAAUUAUUUCAAACCUCAUUAUUUAGAUCUUUGUUUAAAUUGUUCUAUUGAAAUACUUCAAAACCGGGAAGUUUGCCAAAUUUUCGGAGAUGAGAAUCACUACACUUGGGUUUGCUCUGCUAUUAAUAAUCUUACGAAAUUUGUAGAGUUUUGGCAUUUACCAAAAAAUUUAUCCAACUCAAGUAAUUAUUUAAGUAAACAAGAAUUUUUGCCAAAAGUAGAUGAUAGCAGUUUAACAGAAGCCUUAAAAAAUGAGUUUACAAAUGGAUAUGCUCGUGCUUGUCUUCAAAUGGCUAGUCUUAUUAUUUGGGUAGAAAAAGCACAUUUUGAAAAUAAAGAACAGAUUAUUCCUAGUUUCAGCAUAAACUCUAUAAUUAGACUUGUUGUAAUAAUGAGCCGUCAAGAAUUAGUUAAUUCAUUUGUCCUAACGCCCCCACUGGUAUGGAAACAUGGAUGGCACAUUGAAGGAUCAGGUACUACCAUGUGUCAUUUUCCUUUAUUGCUUUCCACUUCAGAAUCAAAUUUCUUACAAGAUUUAAAUGUAUUGGGACAAUUUGUUUAUCGGAUUACGUUGCUUGGAUGGACAUCUCGUCAUCAGUUUGAAGAAAUCUGGAUGGCCCUGCUAAGUGUUUUAAGUUCAUCAUCCAGUGAAAAUAAAAUAUUUAACGGAAUAGAUGAUGAAGGAAAUAUUGAAGCUAUAAUACUUGCUGUACAAGGAAUCACUAGAUUAUUAAUACAGACACUGAUGCUUCCAUAUCCAGGAUAUCCAAUAAAUUGUAGUGUAAUGCAUCAUACUCGAGACCGACCAUUAUCUCUCAAAAAAAUAGCAUCACAAAGAUUAUAUAUAAUUCAAAAUCUUAUUUCAUCUCAAUAUGAAAAUAUGGACGAAUUUAGUAUGAAUACUGAUUUAUUUAAAAGUAUAACAAAAUCUCUUGAUUCUGAACAUUUAUUCGGGCGAGGAAAUAUUGAGCGAGAUAAAGCAAAUAGUGGAUACGAUUACUUCUUCUACAGUCAACUUUCAGUUCAAUAUUUGUGGUCUUUGUGCUCGCUUCACGAAGACAAGCUUUCAGCAUCAGUUCUCAAAUUAAAAGACAAACGAAAUCAGUCACUUGCUUGCAAUUAUCUUGACUUGGAUUCAUGUGUAAGAUUUUUAAUUGAAUUUUACAGUCGCUGGAUGACGCCAUGUGCAAAUACUUUUCCUAGAUUAUUAAAUGAAGUGGUGAAGAGUAUCAUAGCUAUUUCAGAGCUUUUUGUUGAAAGAAACCAAUUUCAAUGGAUGUUUGACAGUUGCUGGGAAAUGGAACAGAUUUAUCCCAUUGACGAUGAAAUUUUGCAUCACUCAUUGACAUUUGCUAUUUGUAAAGCUGCUGCUGUUUUGAUACCGUUAGAUAUUGAGAGCUUAGAAAAAGUUAAACAAGUUAUUGAUCAAGGAUUAAAAUCAAAGUACUUUCCUUGUCAAGUAGCAACUCUUCACGGAAUUUUGUAUUUAUUACAAAGUGCAGUUGAAGCUAAUUGUGAAGAAACAAUUAACAUGAUUCAUCCAAUAGCUGUCAACUAUAUUCAAAAUUAUGUAGAUGUUAAACAAUCUAACGAUAUAACUCUGAAUCAAUGUGAACAGCACCAACAAAUACUGUGGGCAUUGAUAUAUUUUCUUCACGAACACAUUAAAGAAACUACAUCAUCAGAUACGGAAACGUUUGCAGUAUUAGAAUUAGCAUCUACAUUAACUAGUUCAUCAACUAUUUCUGUCGCUCUCCAUCGAACUCUCAUUCAGGGCUUUGAAAGGCUAAUUGCUACAAAAAAUGUUACAAUACGAGAAUCUGAACAAAUAGUAAAGUUAUCUUUAGAAAGAUUAAAACAACCUAAUGUUUUUUUUAUAAUACCAUCUCUCAAACUGCUGAUAACGUGUAUGUAUGUUGAAGUAGCAGAUCGUAUUAAUGAAACAACUGCUUCAACUAAGGAACAAUCACUUCUAAACAUUAAUCCUGAAGCUCUCAUGAUGACAAUAGAAAAAACAUCAGCUAUAUUUGACAGAAUAAAACGAGGUUAUUUAAGCGAAGUUAAAAUUCUUAGUUCUGUUUUAAUAGAAAUUCUUGAAGAUUUUUUUCCACCUUUUGAAAUUUUGACUAAAGUAAUAAGUGAGUUUUUGUCCCCUCAGCAACCUCAUCAAAAAUUGAUUGUAAAAAUUGUUUUUAAGAUAUGUGAACGAGUUGCAAGCAAUGUUGAUCAACUCACGUUCUUCCAAGAUUGGUUAAUAUUUAGCUUACCAAAUUUUAUUCAGAGUUUGCCUGCACUCACAUUCACUUGGUGUUUAUCCUGUUUUUUUAUUAGUGCGUCGACAAAUCCAUGGCUCAGAGCUUUAUUUCCUUAUGUACAGUCAAGAAGAGGUAAAUAUGAGUGUGAAGACAAACAAAUAUUAUUUAUUUCUUCAUUGGAUUUUUUUCAAAAGUUAUCAAAUAAAUCUCAAAAAGAGGCUUUCAUUACAUGCUUCUCUACAGCCGAAACUGAAUUAACAUCUCCUAUUGGUGAUAUUGUGACAUCUUUACAAAGUAUUACCAAUGACCAUCAUAUUCAACAAUAAUUAAUUGUAAAUAAAAUAUUUGUGUAUAGUCGUCACAAGAACAUUUAAAGUAACUUAUUAUUUAAUUUGUAAAUAUUAUCAAUAAUAAUAAUUAUUAUUUUUUGAA